AUGCUCCUGGAAAAGCGGUGUAGGAAUGCGUUUCAUGGAGAAUGGACUGACUUAGAUGGGGAUAAUAGUGUUAACAGUAACAUUCUCCAACGACCUAAAAAAAGGCAGAGCACCUUAGCAAAGAAGUUGGUUAUUGUGAUAAAACAGCAGAAGUUUGAAGGAAAAUACCUGAAUAAAAUUGAUCAUCAAGUAGAGCAACAGAGAAGAAAAGAAACUACAAAAGUUUGCAGCAGAUGGGGUCACAUCAACCUAAGAACAAAAAGAAUAUGUGGGAAUGAGAUGUGCAGAACCAACCUGAAACAUGCAGAAAUUUCAAGUCAGUACCCUGAUGGCAAAGGAACUUUCGAAACUAAAAUAACUAUGGCAGAACCAAAGAUGUCCGAGACAUCUGCGCAGUCUACUCAGCGAUUAAGAGUGUUCGAUUUGACCAUGAUGCCCUUCAUCCAUUUUAUGUUACUUAUUGUUAUCAGGCUUAGCAGUGAUAACAAUCAUGUGAUAGCAGUUGAGUUUGAUUUCUUUAUUUUGGCACUUCAAUGGCCAGUGACAUUUUGUAAAAUUCAAAACUGCAGCAGAGACCCGCCCAAUAACUGGACUAUACAUGGACUUUGGCCUUCAAAUUUUACGCCUCCAUUUGUGACUGACUGCAAACAUAAUGAAAGUUUUAGCGAGGAAAAUAUUCCAGAGAUUACUAUUAGCGCCAUGAAUGAGGCAUGGCCAGAUCUGAAAUCAAAGGAUGAGAAUAAAAAAUUUUGGUCACAUGAAUGGAAAAAACAUGGAACAUGCGCCGAUGUUAACGGAACAAGGUCUUUGGCGGAAUACUUUACAAAGGCUGUAGAGUUGGCACACAGUUAUAGUAUUUAUAGUUUUCUAGAGAAAAGUAACAUAACACCAAAUGCAACAACAUCUUACAGGGUUCCUGUUAUAGUAGACGGAAUUAUAAAGGAAACAAAAGCUAAUCCUCAUAUCAUAUACACACGCAUCAAAGAUGUAAAGACUAGUUUCUGGAUAUCUGAAGUCCGGCUUUGUUUUAAUAAAACAUUCAGCAUAAUAGCUUGCAAGAAAAAUAAUGGCAAAAACAAUGUUUUUUAUCCACCACCUUCAUCUCAAACAGCACCUUCACCUGUCCAUGGAGGAAAGAAAAACACUUGCAAGAAUUAAAAAAAAAUCGAUUUCUGAUCAUGAAACGUCUUUUUUAGUGUUAGAUUUGCAAGAAUAGUUAAGAUGUAACGGAAUAAAAUGUAUAUUUU